UUCCUAACGAAGCCCAAGCUCAACUCGACUCGACACCUCGUCGGCGAUGCGAUGAACGGGCACGGACACAGAGAUCACGUCCCGUCUUCACACUCAUCAAGAGAAAGAGAGGUGAGGGAAGGAAAGAGGCGGUCGCACGGCAACUUUGCAGACUACUACAGCCGACGGCGCGAUGCGGCCGAGGAUCGGCGCGUCGGUGCGAUUGCCGCAUUCCUCGAGGCGAGACUCGAGCGGGGCAAGGCGUCCAGGAUGCUUGAUGUAGGCUGCAACUCGGGCGAAGUGACCCUUGGCCUCUCUCGGGCCCUAUCGCCCGCCAAACGGCCGAACUAUGUCCUGGGCGUCGAUGUGGAUGAGGUCCUCGUGAGGAACGCGAGAGCAAAAGCGACGAAGCUCACGGAGCACGGCAGCGGCGGUGGUGACGGCGUUGUCGACGAGGAGGAGACCAAUCCUUACCUGGCACAUCGGGCCGCGAUUGUGGCAACAGAGCAACCGAGAAAGAGGCUAACGAUCGAUACGCCGCCCCCCGUGGUGCCUUCGAGAGCCGAGGACGCUCUGGAAGAACAGGAGACAGAGUUCAGGUUCUGCAACGUCGAUUGGGUCUACAAUGACCGUGCUGCAGACCAGCUCAGCUCGCAACGCGCGAGCAACAUCGGCAUUCGGAAGGCAUCACCCGACAACGGCAGCAGCAGCAAGGCGUUUCCUGUCUAUCACAUCACGCAGGUCGCCCAAUCCGACACGGCGAAAUACGAUGUCAUCCUCGCGCUGUCCCUAACAAAGUGGAUCCACAUGCACACGCACGACGUCGGCCUACGCCGCUUCUUUGCGCGUCUCACAGCGUGCCUCACUCCCGGUGGCUUCCUGCUCCUCGAGCCACAGCCGUGGAAGUCGUAUGAGCAGGCACGGCGCGAGGUCUCGACCGAGGUGCGCGUCAAUGGAAGGACGCUCCAGCUCCGGCCCGAGGAUUUCGACUGGCUGCUGUGCUGCGAGCUGGGGUUGCUAGGCCCGCAUGUCCUUGCAAGACAGGGCCAGGCUGGCUUCUCGAGGGAUCUGCUUGCCUACAGGAAGCCAAGCUCGGACGACGAGUGGGAGGUGGACCAGGCUAGGGUCAAGGAGCGCAUAGAGACCUUGCUCAGGCUUCCUCGCUUCGACACGGAGACGAGACAAAAUCCAGACGUGGACAUGGCUUGGGUAGCGCGGGAACCCAAGCCAACCAAAAAAGCAGCAUGACAUCGGUCAAACGACGAUGAAAUCGGUGAAGAGCGCCAGUCUAUUAACAACAAACAUGUAAUUGUAAUUGUACGACAAGCAUUGCAACAAGGCACAUUUACAGCACAAUGUCUUCGAUG